UGUGGCAAGAGCGAAAUCUGCAUCGUAGACAUUCGAACCAACAGUGCACGAUGCAUUUGCAAGGAUGGUUACAAAGGAAAGCCCUGUGGCAAGUGGAAAUAAUAAUGACAAUAAUGUUGCAAAGAAAAAAAGCAAAGAAAACCGGCACAAUAGUGCUUUCACUGCUCGAACUUAGAAAUUUCACACCUCGAGCACUAACUGUACACAACUUCUGUAUUUUUUGAUCAACUCCUCCUCUCAAUAAAUUUUCUUUGUGGUUGUAGUUGUUUUUGUUGAUGGUGUUUUACGAACGUAAUGAUCAUCCAUCAUCUAGAGAAACACUACUCCCCAUGACUAGCUGAAAAUAAAUGACUUCUACUAUAGUCCAAGCGUACCAUUCAAAUCAACUUUUUCGUCAACCAACAGAGCCCAUCCCUAAAAGUUGUGCUCUACUUUAUCAAGAUGGUGUCACAUCAAGCGGCGUGUACACUAUUAAUCCAGAUGGCGGAAAUGCCAUGCAAGUGUUGUGUGACAUGACCACGAACGGUGGAGGUUGGACUGUUUUUCAGAGACGUUUGAACGGCUCUGUUGAUUUCUAUCGAGAUUGGUCGUCCUACAAAAAUGGCUUCGGAGAUUUGAAGGGCGAGUUCUGGCUUGGAAAUGACAAUCUUCAUCGCUUAACAGCCGCUGUUAACGUUUCGUUGAGAGUUGACCUGGAGGACUUCGAAGGUAACAUCACAUACGCUGAGUAUGCGACAUUUAAGGUGGCGGACCAAGCAGAUAAAUACCGAAUUGUAAUUGGUGGAUACAGUGGGACAGCCGGCGACGGUAUGAAUAAACAAAGGUAUAAUAAACAGUAGUUUAGAAUUGAGGUUGUUGAAAGUAAAAUGUCCGAUAAGUUGCAAGCAAACAUUUUUAUAUCUAUUCGUUUCGAGACUUGUACGAGUAAAGAGAUGGAAUCCAAGAUUUGCAAACCGUAUUUUAUGGUGUUAACUUUUUGUAGUGACAUGCAGUUCUCCACAAGAGAUAGUGACAACGACAUAAAUCCGGACGGCAGCUGUGCUCAGCAGUUCAAAGGCGCCUGGUGGUAUAGUUACUGUCAUCAUUCCAAUCUAAACGGGUUGUAUCUCAAUGGAAGUCACUCCUCAAUGGCUGAUGGCGUCAACUGGAUUCCUUUUAAAGGAUAUUACUACUCACUGAAACGUACAGAAAUGAAAGUAAAGUAG